ACUAGCAGCGAAUAUUAGGUUUGAAAACAAAAUGGGAUGCUCAUGUGAGAAAUUGAAGUUAGUUUAUAAAAGUGGUAGUACGAAGGAUUAUGCUGCACUUCAAUCCUUGACGGAAGCGCAAGUGUAUGGUAUCAAGCAGACCUGGCGAGCUAUUAAAGAUCACAUAGCUAACGUUGGAGUUAUAACCUAUGUUAGCAUGUUUGAGAACCGCCCGGAGCUUAUUGAGAUAUUUGCAAACUUCCGGGGCAGAAAUGUUGGGGACCUACAAAGGAGCGGCCUUAUCCGCCAACACGCCCUAAAGGUGAUGGGAACUAUCGACAAGUGCAUUUCUAGAAUAGAUGAACCGGAGAACCUAGCCAAACUGCUCAUCGAAACAGGAGCCUUGCAUAGGAAAUAUAAUGUCACUCCAGAUGUCAUACAAAUAAUAUUCCCCCACUUCCUAAAUGCUAUAAAACCACACAUAGAGGAUUACUGGACAGAAGACAUCGCUACUGCUUGGAAAACCCUCUUCCGUAUUAUGACGCAUUACAUGGAAAUUGGGAUGACAAGAGAUUCCAAUGACGUCAAUACUAUAAAUAGCCAUUUUAGUGUUACUUGA